CCCUGAGAGUGAGAUGUGAUAUAAAAGCAGUGGGGCGGCCCCUUCCUCUUCCAUUCUGUUACUUACAUCGACUCUUAGCUUGUCGGGAGAAGUAACAUCCGAGGCUUCCAUUUAAUUCCCCCUUCUCCUGUUUCUUGCCAUUCCAUCGUCAGCAUCAUGCGUGAGUGCAUUUCCAUCCAUGUUGGCCAAGCCGGUGUCCAGAUUGGCAACGCCUGCUGGGAGCUCUACUGCCUUGAACAUGGUAUCCAGCCAGAUGGGCAGAUGCCCAGCGAUAAGACCAUUGGAGGAGGAGAUGACUCCUUCAACACCUUCUUCAGUGAGACUGGAGCUGGCAAACACGUUCCCAGGGCUGUAUUUGUGGAUUUGGAGCCAACAGUGAUUGAUGAAGUGCGCACUGGAACAUAUCGCCAGCUAUUCCACCCUGAGCAACUAAUCACUGGCAAAGAAGAUGCUGCUAACAACUAUGCCAGGGGGCAUUACACCAUUGGCAAAGAGAUCAUUGACUUGGUCCUUGACAGGAUUAGAAAACUGGCUGACCAGUGCACAGGUCUCCAGGGUUUUCUGGUCUUCCACAGCUUUGGUGGUGGCACUGGCUCUGGCUUUACAUCCCUGCUGAUGGAGCGCCUGUCCGUAGACUAUGGCAAGAAGUCCAAGCUGGAGUUUUCCAUUUACCCAGCGCCUCAAAUAUCAACAGCUGUGGUGGAACCCUACAAUUCAAUCCUCACCACACAUACCACUCUUGAGCACUCAGACUGUGCUUUUAUGGUAGACAAUGAAGCCAUAUACGAUAUCUGCCGAAGGAAUCUGGACAUUGAGCGGCCAACUUACACAAACCUCAACCGCCUUAUCAGCCAGAUUGUAUCCUCCAUCACUGCCUCGCUACGCUUUGAUGGGGCUCUGAAUGUAGACCUGACAGAGUUCCAGACCAAUCUAGUGCCCUACCCUCGUAUCCAUUUCCCUCUGGCUACCUAUGCUCCGGUCAUCUCUGCAGAGAAGGCCUACCACGAGCAGCUUUCUGUGGCUGAGAUCACCAAUGCUUGCUUUGAGCCUGCUAACCAGAUGGUGAAGUGUGACCCCCGCCAUGGCAAAUACAUGGCCUGCUGCCUUUUGUAUCGAGGGGAUGUGGUACCUAAGGAUGUCAAUGCUGCUAUUGCCACCAUUAAAACAAAGCGAACAAUCCAGUUUGUAGACUGGUGUCCUACAGGCUUUAAAGUGGGGAUCAACUACCAGCCUCCCACUGUGGUUCCUGGGGGAGACCUAGCCAAAGUUCAGCGGGCAGUCUGCAUGCUGAGCAACACCACAGCCAUUGCCGAGGCCUGGGCCCGCCUGGACCACAAGUUUGAUCUAAUGUAUGCCAAGCGGGCCUUCGUGCACUGGUAUGUUGGGGAAGGGAUGGAAGAAGGGGAGUUCUCUGAGGCUCGGGAAGACAUGGCUGCCCUGGAGAAGGAUUAUGAGGAAGUGGGUGUAGAUUCUGUUGAAGGAGAGGGUGAAGAGGAAGGAGAGGAAUAUUAGACCUGCUUUGCCACAUCUCUGCUGCAUGGCUCGUCUCCAUGAUGUUUCAUUUAACACACUUAGCUUACUAGUUACCUGGGGCAGUGAUACUACAAAGGAAUGCAGCAGACCUAGGAUGUCUUGCCAUUCCACCAUGUGAUCAUGUCAAUUUUCCAUGUCUUAAACGUAUCAUGUCUGUGAAAUAAAAAGCUAUAAAACA